AAAAAUGCUUAUCAGAUCAGAUCGGAUCAAGUAACUGUUAAUUUUAAAAUGACAUCCAAUAAUCAUAUCCGAUAACAAAUUACCGAAAUAAAUACUUGAAUCGCUAUGGUUAAUGGAUCGGAUACCCUAAUUUUUGGAAGGUUACGGAUCGAAUUUUCGAAACGGUUAUGGAUCGAAUUUUCGGGUAGUUUGCUCGGCCUUAACAUCCGUGGCAAAAUUCUAGUCAUCAAAAGGAUACAAAAUUUCAGCCUCAAUCUUUCUACCAUUCCAAAAAUAAACGAAAAACCCCGCAAAAAAAAUAAAAAAAAAAAUAAAAGGAAGAUAUGCUCCAAAUCAAACUGUUUAACAUUAACUUCCACCAUUGAUGAAUCUUCUUUGCUGAUGUACUUCACCUUCACUUUAUACUCCAUAAAUCCAUGGCUUCCGUGGCCCCAUUUACCCUUUUUCUGAAAUGGGCUCCCCAUAAUUUAUCUCUCCAAAGUUGUAGGAGUAAUUCCUCCAAAUUUUCACAAAAAUUUCUGGGUUUUGGGAAGGUUUCUUCUCUAUCUAUUUAUGGUAAUGGGUUUAGUAGUAGUAGAAGAAGAAGUAUUUUUACUUGCUCUGCUUCAAAUAAUGAAUCCAAUUCUUCAGAUGAAAUCAGUUCUACAGCCAAGAUAAGGAGUGAAGUUCUUACUCCUUUCCGCUCUGUUCGAAUGUUCUUUUACCUUGCUUUCAUGGCAAGUGGUGGCUUGGGUACUUUAAUAGCUGUAACACAACUGAUUGGUGCUCUUGCAAAUCCAUUCAGAGCAGAUGAAGUCCCUGAAAUUCUCAAGGGUCUUGGCAUAGACGUGGCCGCAGUUUCUAUCUUUGCCUUUCUAUAUAGUAGAGAGAACAAGGCCAAAAAUGCACAGAUAGCAAGACUUUCAAGGGAAGAGAACCUCUCUAAUCUUAAGGUCCGUAUUGUUGAUCAGAAGACGAUUCCAAUUAGUUCAUUAAGAGGGAUUGCUCGCCUUGUUAUUCUUGCCGGUCCUGGUUCCUUUAUCGCUGAGUCCUAUAAGCUUAGUGAACCUUUCACUGAGAGGCUUGUGGAGCGAGGGGUACUCGUGGUUCCAUUUGCAACUGAUGGAGAGCUUCCUACCUUUGAGUUUGAUGAGAGUGAAGAUAUGAAGGAUUUGACUAGCAAAAGGAAGAGGCUUUGGCAAUUGCUGCCUUUUAAUAUAUCUGAAUGGUCCAAGUGGAUAGAUGAACAGAAGAAGCUAGCAAAUGUCUCCUCUGAUUCUCCAGUGUAUAUGUCCCUACGCAUGGAUGGUCGUGUCCGUGGAAGUGGAGUUGGUUACCCACCGUGGAACGCUUUUGUAGCACAGCUACCACCAGUAAAGGGUUUGUGGUCAGGCCUUCUUGAUGGCAUGGAUGGAAGAGUUUGAUAGGGUAUUCUUAUUCUUUGUUUGCAAGGUUAGCUUUUACUUGUAAAUUGUAUCAAUUGGCAACAGCCAUUUGUAUGUGUCGAGUCUGUACUUCAGCUUGGUAGUAUCCACCGCCUGCACAAAACACUAAAUGCAACACUUAAUUUAUUAGUCAUUUAUUGAUACUGGACUCCACCAAAAACAAAAACAAAAACAAAAAUCUUUGUACACAAAAUGCAAUUUGGUCAAUACUUCUGACCUCCCAACUGAUCUUAUAGCUCGUGUAUGCUUUCAACAAUUUCGUUUUAUCUGUG